AUGGAGCAUUAUUCACUCCCACUUAUGCCAGGACCAGGGAAGAUGCAGUUUUUUGUGGCUUCAUGUCUACUGCUGUGCAGGGGCGGACUGACAACUCAUGGGGCAAUAGGGGAUCAUGGGGCCCCUGUGUACUUGCCCAAACUCAAAAAAGCCUAUGAAAAAGGUACCAGGGGCAUCUCAUUGGGCCCCUACUGACCCCCGCCCUCCGGGCAGUGCCCGAGUUUCCAAAUGGUCAGUCCGCCCCUGCU